UCACAGAACAGCGCGCGGUGGUGAUCCACGCGUAUGAUUCUGUCCAGCCUUUUACAUUUGCGCUCAUACUUCCGACUGCGCUCAGCAUACAUGGAAAACGAUUUCGCUUUGUGAAUGUCCGCCGGGAACAGCUCAUAAAUUGCACUCACAAAAAAAAAACAGUUCACUUCUUAAUUAACUGUGUUUUGAUACAAAUCGAAAAUGUGAUUUUUCUCAAGGGGGAUAUAGAGUCGUAAAAUGGUUUUGAGACCCGGCGUCUCCACAAGGAAAUGGGAGUUUCUGCAUUUAUGGGUACAUGAAUCUAAGUUCCGGGGGCCCGAUGCCUGUGAUGGAGGAAGUAGAUAUCAGCGGCAGUGAGAGCAACAGCAUGCCGAAGAGGAUUGCUCUCAUCUGCUUCCUUUCCCUGGUGAUGCUCAUGAGUGUCCUGGGGAACCUCCUGGUCAUGACAGCUGUCUGCAAGGACCGCCAGCUCAGGAAAAUCAAGACCAACUACUUCAUAGUAUCGCUGGCCUUUGCAGACCUGAUGGUGUCGGUGCUGGUGAUGCCGUUUGGUGCCAUAGAACUGAUUCACCAGAACUGGAUUUAUGGAGAAACCUUCUGCCUGGUCCGGACAUCUCUAGAUGUACUGUUGACAACAGCCUCCAUAUUACACCUAUGUUGCAUAGCUUUGGACAGGUACUAUGCCAUCUGCUGCCAGCCACUGGUCUACAGGAAUAAGAUGACACCACUGAGAGUGGCUCUUAUGUUAGGAGGAUGCUGGGUAAUCCCCACCUUUAUAUCCUUCCUACCCAUAAUGCUAGGAUGGAACAGUAUCGGAAUAGACCAUUUGAUAGAGGAACGGAAGUUCAGCGGUGAUGCAGCCAACUCGACGGCGUGUGUCUUCAUGGUCAACAAGCCCUACGCGCUGACGUGUUCCGUGGUGGCCUUCUACAUCCCUCUGGUUCUGAUGGUACUGGCCUACCAGCGUAUCUAUGUGACUGCACGGGCGCACGCGCGACAAAUCGGCGUGCUGCAGCGGGCGGGGGGCGCUGCCGCCUCGGCAGACAGCGCCGACCACCAGCGCAACCACCGGAUGCGUACGGAGACCAAGGCGGCCAAGACUCUGUGCAUCAUCAUGGGCUGUUUCUGCCUGUGCUGGGCCCCCUUCUUCAUCACAAACGUGGUGGACCCCUUCAUAAGCUAUACAGUGCCCGACCAGCUGUGGGCGGCGUUCCUGUGGCUGGGUUACAUUAACUCCAUGCUCAAUCCCAUUCUCUAUGCCUUCUUGAACAAGUCCUUCCGCCGUGCCUUCCUCAUCAUCCUCUGCUGUGGGAGAAAGCGUUACAGCGUCAGGCGGCCAUCCAUACUAGGGCCAGGGCCCCCCUGCUCGGCCACACAGAUCAACGGCUCCACACAUGUGCUCAAGUAAUCGGGUCGUUCCACCAAUUCGAUGCCUUUUGAGAAGUGUAACUUGGAAGUAUGCUGCCCUGCACAAUGGAAACCAUAUUGAAAAGGAAAAGCCACAGAGUCGCCGGAGUCCUGCUUCUGACAACCACAGACAGUCAGACAGACACUACCCUGUGCAACCUGAGACAGGGACUGGGUCAGAACCAGAACCAGCCCUAGAGGGAGUCAUUCUAAGGCGGCCUCUCCCACUGAGAGACAGCCAAACCAACAACACGUUUGGACUGAAUUCUUAGUAGCGGGAUCGAUUAUGGACUGUGGAAUACUUUAAGGUGAAUAAUGUUGCCAAAGCUAUUUGAUAUUAACUUUGUUUUAAGAUAUGUCGUUUCAUAUUUCCGUUGCUUAGAAAAGGAAGAAAAACACUCAAUCUUUCUGAUCCACUUUAGCUAGCUCUGUUAGUGUUCCAGUAAUGCUUAGUGUUAUCUGUCACCAAUAUAAACAUUUCAAUAAGCUUUAUUGAUCUAAGGAGGUGCAAUUUCACACAGGCACAGAGGGCUCAUAACCCCUUCAUUUAGAAUUAAGUAUUAACUUGAAAAUAUUCUAAUUUUAUUCAACUUCAGGUCUCUUAUCUCUCCCUGUCAUUGGUGCCCUAUACUCAAUCACUAUCAGCCUAGAUCCCAUAACUUUCCUUUGAUACUCUGCAUAAUUUUCAAAAGCCGAAAGUGAUAAAGUAUUUUAACACACCCACGGUAUUGUAUGGUAUGUGAUUAAAUAAUUCAGCCCCUGAAGUGCAUUAUUAGCUACUACACUUUAUAAAUGAUCCCUUAUCUCUCAUGACUCCUCUCUCAGAUGUCGACAAAGAUGGACCAUGCAAUAAGAUUGGACAUGUUUUUAAAGAUUAUGGUUGCUGAAGCAAUUUAAUCUUGGUCACAGUAUUUUGCCUCCUACUGAUGUGUGUUGUCUACUACAGUACGUACAUACUACGUACAGUAUGUGGGUGCAUGCUUGAGAUCUUGUCCUAUACUUCAUGAAGUGCCCCUCUCAACACCACGUGUUUAGUCUAGUCCACAGCAACAUCGAAUUUCUUAUGCAUUACUAACAGCAGUCCGAAAACAUUUGCUGGAGUGUACUACAAUUUUCUGGCAUUUUGUAUUCAUGAACAAUCCAAGUUAUCCCUUGAAAUGUAUAUUUACCUGCACUUGAAAUGUAAACAUUGACUUUCUUUUCCUGUGCAAUUCCAAAGCAAACCAUUCCACUUGCUGAAUCCUUCAGUAGGCUACCAAUGAUGACUAGCUCGUUUAAAAGGCAAUCGCCACCAAAGCCAGCGUUUCAUUUUCUGUGAGUCACCAAAUAGAGGCUCAGUAGUUCAGUUAAUAACAUUCUGUCCAAAGCACUGGGAAUAUUUCCUUUCAGAAAACAAUGCAAAGAGAUCAUACAUAGUCAUAUACAGCAGGAUGUAAAGAAUACCAACUGCAUUUUCCCCAUACAUUCAUCCGUUAAACAGCAACUUAAACAAAAUUACCCUGUUGGUUGAACUUCCUGAUGAAAUGUCCAAUCUUAAAGGGCAGUGCAGUCAAAAACACCAUUUACCAUUUUUUUGUAUGAUAUUUCCAGACUAUCAGGUUGAGAAAAAAAUUGAAAUUGUGAAAAUUAUGAAAAUGCCCUUUUAGUGUAAGCUUUUUGAAGAAAAAAAAUGCCUGGAAUUUCAGCUUGUUCAGGUGGAAUGGAGUUUUUGGCCCAAAGCAUGAUAUCACAAUCUGAUCUGAUUAUUCUGACCAAUAGCUGGGUGAGUAUCUACGAGUGUUCGCUCCUCCCUUGUACCUGGUUGAUGAAUUAAGGUCGCUAAGGAACUCCCCUCCCCUGGUUGUUUAUGUCUUAUUUGAAAGGAAAACCCCAAAACCAGCAGACACUAUGCCCUCCAUGGAAUGAGUUUGACACCCCUGCCCUUGAGUCUAGACCAGGGUUUCCCAAUCCUCUCCUCAGAUGUUUCACAUUUGAGUUUUAACCCUAAAGUGCCACAUCUGAUUCAAUUAGGCAAAGGCGUGAAGAUUAGUUGACUAAUUGAAUCAGGUGUGCCAGUUUAGAGUUCAAACAAAAAUGUGAGAGGGUUGGAAAACCCUGGUCUAGAUGAUCCAAUCAGAUGUAUCAGUACAUCCACACGAUCAGUCUGAGCAUUUCAAUGGCAAAAGAAGGCUCAGGGAAAUAAAUGAUAGACAAAUAUAUUUAGAUUUAUUAUCAUGAAACAAACACUCAUAGUGAUUUAUUAGACACUGAGUGAUGAUUUAAAAAAAGAAAAUGAAAAAGACUGCAUGAGGCUUUAAUAGAUAGCUCAGCAGAUGAUCCUUAUGAGCAGAUUGUCUCUGAGUGGGGUGUUUGGGGCAAGGUUGAGUGUGUUACACAGAGUCCAGUAGCAUUAAGCCAUAAGUCAUUACAUCCAUCCUGUCUUCCUCCUUACAAAACCAAAAUGUCUGUCACUCCCUCCUUCCCUCUUGUCCUUGGACUCAAUCUUUCCCCUGAACAUUCAUGGGAAGUAAUAAUAACUUCAAGUUUUAUUUGACGAAACUUUCAGAAUAUAUCUUGAUAGACUUUACAGGGCAUGAUUUUCAGUGGCAAUGACAGCUCUUCUAUUCAGAGGGUUUUGGUCAAUAGAAAUGUUCUUGUUUUUUCCUGCAACAACUGACAGCUAAAUGUAUUUAGAAUAUAUACACUAUGUUUACAAAACGUUAAGGACACCCCCCACUUUUGCCCUCAGAACAGCCUCAAUUCGUCAGGGCAUGGACUCUACAAGGUGUCAAAAGCAUUCAACAGUUAUGGUCCAUGUUCACUCCAAUGCUUCCCACAGUUGGAUGUCCUUAGGGUGGUGGACCAUUCUUGAUACACACAGGAAACUGUUGAGUGAAAAACCCAGCAGCAUUGCAGUUCUUGACACAAAUCGGUGCGCCUAGCACCUACUACUAUACCACAUUCAAAUGCACUUAAAACUUUUGUCUUGAAUGGCAAACAUACACAAUCCAUGUCUCAAUUGUUUCAAGGCUUAAAAAUCCUUCUUUAACCUGUCACCUCCCUUUCAUCUACAUGGAUUGAAGUGGAUUUAACAAGUGACAUCAAUAAGGGAUCAUAGCUUUCACCUUGAUUCACCUGGUCAGUAUGUCAUGGAAAGAGCAGGUGUCAAUAAUGUUUUGUACACCCAGUGUAGGCAGAGCCUUUACAGUGCUAUACCCUUCUGGAACAGAUUUCAAACCAAUGUUAUUUUUUUUGUUCUUGUUUUUUUCAUGCUCCUUAAAAAAAAGAAGCUAUUUAUCUCAGACUGUGACCUCUUCAUAAUUGAAGCACUGGCACUUUAGUAAUAUAUAGAUGAUAAUGAUGUAAAAAGAUUGUUCCAGUCUUCUCAUCAGUUGAUUGUCCAAGACCAACUUUAUAAACAAAGGUAUUUUGAUCACUUAAAUGAUUUACUUUCCUUUUCAUUCAUCCUGAAGAUUUUGUUUUGUUUUGUAUUUUUGAUGAUACAUUCAGAAAAGUCUGUAGUGCAUUAUUUUGGAUACAAAGGUAAAUGCCACGUGUACAUUCCAUGAAGACCCAUUCUAAUUAUAUAAUAAUCAAAAUAGUCUCAAAUCAUUCCCUUUGUGAGUGGGACUUUACUUGCUUACAGUGCAAACAAUGCAACAUAAUAUUUGUCCAUGAACAAUUUUAAAAUUGAAUUUGUAUAUUUUUCUUUGUGUUUCCUUUUUCAGGAAUUAAUUCAGCCAAUUAAGAAGAUGAUAUAUGCAUUGUACUUCCAGCAUAAUUAAGGCUUAUAUUUCUGGGAUUUUAAAGUGUACAUAGAUGAAUAUUUUUCAGCAAAAAGUGGGAUAUGAGUCUGUCUCUUCAGUGGACUUGAACACAGCAAUUAUAAUGGCUUAAUAUUCUUCAUUCCAGUAGCUCUGCUGGCCUAUCCUUCCAGCACAGUAUAAUGAUAAAGCCUGAACAUGUAUGCCACCAUAUACUACAGUACACAUAUGUGUAUGCAUAGUCACAUACAGCUGUUUUUUAUGUUCAAGAUGUUCAUAAACCUUGUACAUCACAACAUUUUAUUGCCAGUUUUCAAUUGACGUGGCCAGCAUAAGAAUUCCACCCAGACUAAAAAGGAGGGGGUUUCCCUUCAUGUUUUGUUUGUGAUAAUAGAUGUGCUGCGUACAUACUCCUCUGGGCCCGGCAGUUUCCAUGACACCUGGAAUAUAAAUCUCUGUGAUCAACAUGUAUGGUACAUUAUGUGUUGGUGGUUGAAAGUCCAGAAUUAGAACACAACCUGUGGAGAUUUACUUUAGUUACACCCCUGAGGUAGAUUUGAAAGGAGAACCAUCAACUACCUAAUUGUAUACUGUAUAUUCAGAUACCAGUUACACAAUAUAGAGUCUAAUUAUUUAUCAGACGUUUUGAAAACAGACGUGAUACUGGGAACGGCACAGUAAUACAUUGGUAAUACAUUGUACUUUCCCUGUGAAUAGUCCUGUAGGACUUCCUUUAAUCCUUGUUGAGUUACAUACACAUAGAGUUGGGACAAUAAACCAAAAAUGAUUGACACCGACCAAAUUGGUCACUUAUCGCAGGCAUUUCGUUCAUUAGGAUAAGUAGCCUAUACUAGAGAAAUGUGAAGUUUGAAAUGAGUUUGCUAAUAUGGGUGAUUGUUAAUGGAACAUUUGAUGGCUACAAUAGUUUAAAGCAGGUAUCUCCAACCUUUUGUAGCAUGAAAGCUACUUUAAAAAAAAGUAUUAUGUCACCAGUUGCACAAUAAAUCUUUGGUUUCAAACAGACACAUUAUCAUUUUCUCCUCUCACCUGCAGCUCUUCCUUGGGUCUUAGUGUACAAGAGAAAGUAGUUCCCUAUGUUUUUUGUCAAUAUACCUGGUAAAAUAAUGGUUAAUAAACUACUCUAAGCCGGGCCCUUUAAAAUCUGAUUUUUUUCCCCAAAAAAUUCUGUUUUAUAUUUUCCUAAAUUACGUUCUGUUUUAUUUUUCACUUUUAAAAUUCCUAUUGUUCAUAGAGAAACAACAACAUUGGAUGUUCUGAGUCCAUGUCAAUGCUUAUGUCAAUGGAAGAAAUGUAGAUUUUUAAUUGUAAUUCCUCUUUAAUUGCACAUCUGGCGACUGAGGAAUGUGCCGGUCUAAUGUGCUGGUCUAACAAUGGUUCUGUACUGCUGCUUCUCAAUUCAUGACAAAGUAUAUCAUACAAAUGAUAUACUUGUGCCAGGUAAGCCAGCUUUGCGGUUAACAUUUAAUUGAGAAGGUUUUGGGGGAAGUUGUAUAUAGCAUACCUCAGAAUUGUUUGUUGAGCUACUCGUAGGUGGGCUGCUCGUGAUCGACCUGUUGGAGACCCCUGGUUUAAAGGAUCAUUAAAAAAAAGCUGUGGUAAAGUUUAA